AUGCCUAGGCAUAACGAUUUUUCCAAUAAUGAUAUGCGCGAUAUGAUUUGUGUGUUUGCUCAGUCAAAUUAUAGUGGUCCAGCUGCGGCUCGAAGAUAUUCACAAUUAUACCCAAAUCGAAGGCAACCCAAUUACAAACUGUACCGAAAUCUUUAUAACCGUUUAGGUGAAACGGGGUCUUUACACUCUAAAACUGAGCACGGUGCUACAAAAACAAUCACUGCCGAUGAAGAAGAUGAAAUUUUAAUUUGUGUUACGGAGAAUCCAGAUAUCAGUACUCGCCGAUUAAGUCUGCAAACAGGUAUAAGCCAAUCAUCUAUUUUUAGAAUACUGAAAAGGGAAAAAUUGCAUCCAUAUCAUUACACUCCUGUUCAGAAUUUGUUACCUCAAGAUUUACCUAAGCGUCUACAAUUUUCCCAUUUUUUUCAAGAUAAACAAAAUGUUAACCCAGAUUUUCUGAAUACAAUUCUUUUUACUGAUUUGGCAACAUUUACCAUUUAAUUAUAAAAAUAAUCACAUGCUAUGAGGGAAACACAUUUUCAGCACGAGUUUAAGGUUAACAUUUGGUGUGGUGUAAUAUUUGGGUAUUUAAUAGGUCCUUUUGAACUGCCUACCAAUUUA